AUGACACUACAACACCUACACACACCAAAUCACAGCAUAAACCGCAUCGAAGAUGGACAAGCCGAGGGCGUCUCACGCGCCUCGUCAUUCCGUAAAAUCGCAGCCUUAGCCACCCCAGAACGCAAACCACUUCUCACAGCGGUUGGCCUGCUACUCGUGUCGUCUGCCGUAACACUCAGUAUCCCAUUCUCGGUCGGAAAGCUCAUCGAUUUCUUUACGACCCCGGAACCCACUAUACCGAUGGGCUUGAGUUUGACGCAGGCAUGUGCGGUUCUGUUGGCUAUUUUCACUGUUGGUGCACUCGCGAAUGCCGGAAGGGCGUUUCUCAUGCGUAUAUCAGGCCAACGGAUUGUUGCUCGACUGCGUCAACGAUUAUACGGUGCCGCACUCCGGCAAGAAGUUGAAUAUGUGGAGAGAGGCGAGGGAGAUGUCUUGAGUCGGCUCAGCGCGGAUAGUAGCAUCGUCGGCGAAAGCGUUACCCAGAAUCUUUCGGAUGGAUUGAGGUCAAUCGUGAUGUCCGCUGCUGGAGUCGGCGCGAUGUUUUAUAUCUCGCCACAACUAACGCUGCUUAUGCUCAGUAUCGUUCCACCUAUCGCUCUUGGUGCUGUGUUCUACGGUCGAUACCUCAAGAAACUCUCUAAUAAGACGCAGGAAGCUCUCGGUGAAAUGACCAAGGUUGCUGCCGAAGCCCUCUCCGCUCUUCGAACAGUCCAAGCCUUCAAUGCACACCAUGCAGAAGAGAAGAAGUUCAAUGUGAGGUCGGAAGAGGUGUUCAAGUUGGCCAGGAAGGAGGGUAUCGCGAGCGCCAUUUUCUUCGGGAGUACGGGCUUGAGCGGGAAUGUCGCGUUGUUGGCGCUUCUGGGGUAUGGUGGCUCACUCGUCAGCCGUGGAUACAUUUCUGUCGGUGAUUUGACGAGUCUGAUGAUGUAUACGGUGUACGUCGGGAGUGGAAUGCAGAUGCUGACAUCUUUCUUCACCUCAAUAAUGCGCGGCAUCGGCGCUGGCCAACGUAUCUUCGAACUCCUCGACCGCCGCCCUGCUAUCCCCAUGGACCCCAGCCACCCGAACACCGUCGUUCUCUCCCACAACCGCCGUGGAUCCCUCCGGUUCGAGAACGUGAAGUUCUCGUACCCGAGCCGCCAGGGUAUCGAGGUCCUGAGCGGGUUCGAUCUGGAGGUGGGAGUGGGUGAGAGCGUGGCGAUCGUGGGGAAGAGUGGGAGUGGGAAGAGUAGUGUGCAGAGUUUGUUGUUGAGGUAUUAUGACCCUGUUGGGGGGAGGGUCAUGUUCGAUGGGCAGGACAUCCGUGAAUUCACGACGACUUCAUGGCGGAAUGUCAUUGGUGUUGUCCCACAAGAUCCGGUCCUCUUCACUGGCACGAUCGCGUCGAACAUCGCCUAUGGGAACGAGGACGCGACGAGGGAGCAGAUCGAGGCGGCGGCAAGGGAGGCGAAUUGCGAGUUUGUGUGGGGUUUGCCCGAAGGCUUUGAUACACCGAUUGGAAGGUUGAGCUUGAGCGGGGGUCAGAGACAGAGGUUGGCCAUUGCCCGUGCGUUACUCAAGAAGCCUGCGAUCUUGGCGUUGGAUGAGGCAACAAGCUCCCUGGAUGCUGCAUCGGAACAUAGAGUGAACGAUGCGGUCGACAAGAUUCUGCGCGCAAGGAAUACGACUUGUUUGUUCGUCGCUCACAGGUUAUCAACGAUUGCGCGAGCAGAGAGGAUUGUUGUAUUGGAAGACGGUCGUAUCACCGAGACCGGAACAUACAGACAGCUGGUCAACCGCCCCAACUCUCGCUUCCGAGAACUCAUGGCCGCCCAGCUCAGCGCUACACACCCAGUUGAGUCCGUAGACCGUGCGUCAGAGACUGAGGAUGUUGUCGAGGAGAAAGGGGAAUCGGAAGCAGUGGGUGACGUGAGAGAGCUGAAUGAGCGAACGGAGAGGGACAGCGUGGCUGAGAUACGCGCGUAGGUACGGUGGCGGGGUUCCUUGGAUUUUGGGUGUUCUACGUAGUAUGUGCCUUUGCGACCGUACUGCAGGGUUUGGGCCUACUGUUGUUCCAUUCUCAUCGGGGUCUGGAACGCAAUGAUCAACUGAGAGCAAAAUCUAGAUAAUAUGAGGACACACAUAUUCAUAGAGCGUUAAGGUGUAUUAUUCGUAUUUCUCUGGGGCAUCAAGGUCGUCGGUUGCGCUCUCCCUAAUAAACAACUCGUUA